AUGGCUGCCCAAAUUACCACUACACCUGAUGCAUCUAAUCAAGCUUCUAGUAAUGGAGAUGUCGAACUCGUAACAGAAAAAUUUGACGAUUUAAUGAAAUCGCAUGACGAUAUUAAACAUAGUGCACUCCAAGAGUCAACUAAUGAAGUUGAAAUCCAGACAGCCCAAGCAGGUUCUGAGCUAUUAUCUGUAAAAAAUUUUGAAGAAUUAGGAUUAGAAAGUGAUUUAUUAAGAGGUCUAUAUGAAAUGGGAUUCUCGAGACCAUCAAAAAUACAAGAGAAAGCUCUACCACUGCUGCUUGCAAAUCCCCCUCAAAAUAUGAUUGGUCAGUCUCAAUCGGGUACCGGAAAAACUGCAGCCUUUGCUUUAACUAUGCUUAGCCGAAUAAAUUACAGUUCAGAGACAACACAGGCAAUGUGUUUGGCACCUACUCGAGAAUUAGCGCGGCAAAUCACGUCUGUUAUAAAGAAGAUGGGGAAAUAUACAAAGUUGACACUCACAGAGGCAAUUAAAGACGGUUACGAUAGAACCCAAAAGAUCAAUUCUCAUCUAAUAGUCGGGACACCCGGUACUCUUACAGACAUGAUCCGAAAACGACUGGUUGAUACUAACAAUGUCAAAAUAUUCGUACUGGACGAAGCUGACAAUAUGUUGGAUCAACAAAGUCUUGGUGAUCAAAGUAUUAGGCUCAAAAAUAUGAUGCCCUCUACGUGUCAGAUAGUGUUAUUUUCAGCGACUUUUUCGGAUCAAGUUAGAACCUUUGCGGAGCGAUUUGCCCCAAAUUCAAAUCAAUUCAAACUGAAAACUGAAGAGCUAUCAGUAGAAGCUAUUAAACAAUACUUUAUGGAUUGUAAAAGUGCAGAACACAAAUUCGAAGUUUUAGACGCUCUGUAUACACUGUUAACAAUCGGUCAAAGUAUAAUUUUUGUGCAGAAACGUGAAACAGCUGAUACGAUUGCGAGGAGAAUGACAGAAAUGGGUCACAAAGUCAUUAAUAUACACGGUGGGCUUUCUCCUACCGAACGAGAUCAGGUGAUGGAUGGUUUUCGUCGUGGGGACGCCAAAGUACUCAUCACCACUAACGUUUUAUCACGAGGCAUUGACGUAUUACAAGUAAAUCUGGUAAUUAACUACGACCUUCCCGUGGAUAUGCACGGUAAUCCCGAUUACGAAACUUAUUUACAUCGUAUUGGACGCACUGGCCGAUUUGGUCGCACAGACCAAAUAAUUAUAACAUCACCAACACCAUAUCAACAAUUCCCUAUCUGUUCAACAAUCCCAAUUGCGAUAAAAAUCCAAUACGAAGGUCUUGCACUUCUCGAAAAUGUAACGCUACAAACUUUAGACGCCGAUACCGGAAAAAUAGCCGAGGACGACUUGUACUAUAUUAGUCGGCAAGAUUUUGACAAUGAUCGAGCAUUUAAUACUACGUUGUUUCUUGAUCCCGGAAUUUAUGUGCCUAAAGAUCAUGACUUGGCGACGGGAAUUUAUACGAUUCAUGCAAUUGGCGAUUGUACAUAUUUAAAUACAACUAGCGGCGAAAAACAGCAUAUACAGAUUUUUAAGGAUGUUAAUUUUACGAUUGUUAACGAUGCUAAUCUGUAG